UUUCCCGCAUAUGUUGCUUUGCUCUCGCCUCGUGCUCUAUAUCUCGUUCCGAAUCAGUCCAGUGGAUGCUGAGCCUCUGCCGCGUUCGUCGUCUCCAUCCUAUCCUGCGGAGAAGUGUAAACGCAUAUGCGCAGCCCUGGCCGGCCGGCGCGGCUAUAAAAGUCCACCUGCAACCGACCCAGGUUUGCACAUAUCUUCGUACGUACGUGUUCCACCAGCUAGCUAGCCCUGUGUGACUACGUAAGUGGUAUAGCGCGAGACAGUUGGAGAAAGAGGAGCGACCGGUAUGGGGAGCAGCGGCGGGCUGUGGUUGCCGACGGCGGUGAUGCUGGCGCUCAACGUGGUGUCGGCGGUCAUGGUGGCGCUGGUCAAGGUGGCCAUGGCCGGCGGCCUCGACCCGGUCGUGCUCGUCACGCUCCAGCAGCUCACCGCCGCCAUCUUCCUCGGCCCCAUCGCGCACUUCAGAGAGGGCAAGUCGAGGCCCAAGAUGACGCUCGAGAUCUUCGCCUACCUCUUCGCCAGCGCCGCGCUCGGGGCGGCGCUGAGGCAGUACAUGGUGUUCGUGGGGCUGCGGUACACGACGGCGGCCUUCGUCACGGCCUUCUCCAACAUCGCGCCCGUGCUCACCUUCGUGCUCGCAGUCGCCACCGGCUCCGAGUCGCUCAACCUCAGGGCCGCCACCGGCGCCGCCAAGCUCGCCGGCACGCUUGUCUCGCUCGCCGGCGCCAUGCUGCUCACCUUCUACAGAGGCGUGGCCCUCACCCACGCCAACAGCGCCCAGGCCGUCCACCACUCCGCUUCCCCUUCCCCGCCGGCCGCCGACUCCGGCAGGCGGUGGACGCUCGGCACGAUGGCGAUCCUCGGCAACUGCGUCUGCCUCGCCUGCUGGUACUUGCUCCAGGGCAGGAUCGCCAGGAAGUACCCGUACGUCUACUCCUGCAACGCAUUCAUGUCCACCUUCAGCUUCCUCCAGGUCGCCGCCGUCGGCCUCUGCGUGCAACACAACCUCGCCGCCUGGAUCAUCACCAACAAGUUCCAGAUCCUCACCGUCCUCUACUCCGGCGUGGUCGCGACAGGCAUGUCCUUCGUGCUGCUGACGUGGUGCAUCGAGAAGCGGGGGGCCGUGUUCGUCGCCGCCUUCAUCCCUGUGGCGCAGGUCAUCGUUACCAUCAUGGACUUCACCGUCCUGCACGAGCCGCUCUACCUUGGAAGUGUGGUGGGAUCUGUGAUUGUGAUAGGUGGCCUGUAUCUUCUGCUGUGGGGCAAGAGGCAGGAGGCCUUAAAACAGCACCCAAAAGUUGAUAAAGAUGACCAAGAGCACCAGCAGCAGCAGCAGCAGCAAGUGCCGUCGGAGCCAUGACUUAAGAUUGAAAGACAGAGAUCCUCCAGUGGGUGAUGUGUUAACAAGUGCAGCAAAUAAGUUCUAAAGUAAUGUUCUAGUAAUCAAUUAAGAUCAUCAUUCUGGUCCAAAUUAGACUUCAGGAUCCUAUCAUUCAGGAAGCUGUUUGGGCUCUAAUCCAAACAUCAGUAGGGCCACAAUACGUACUCCAUCCGUUCCAAAAUAU